CUCGCGAGAAUGGAGCAAGUGGCGGGUGCGCUAAGGGGGGAAUGGGUUUGUAACCAGGGCGACGGGGCGAGGGCGGGGCGCAGGCCCUAAGCUCUCGGGUGCUCACCUGACAGAGCGUCCACCUCGCGGGUCCCCAGGUGAGAGGCAGGUGCGCCCAAGGGCCCCUUGUCCGGGCACCUGUUCCCUGUCGUGUGCUCCCCUGACUGAGCGACCAUCUCGAGAGUCACCAGAUUGAACAUGGAAGAACCACAAGAGAUUUCUUCCACUAACGAUGGCUGUGUAGGUGACAUAGUCAUAGAGAAAUACCUGGUUGAAUCCCAGGAGUCCGCGUCCCACGUCCAGCUUGCUUGCAGUGUGCCGCACUGUGCCUUCCCUCUAGAUGGAAACAAACUUUGCAUAUGGAACACCAAUGACCCUUCUCACCAGUUUUUAGUGCUAAGAGGACACCAUUGGCCAAUUACUGCCAUGGCGUUUGGAAACACAGCGAAUCCACUUCUAAUCUGUUCUGCAUCACAAGACUAUGUUAUAAUGUGGAACCUGGAUGAAUGCAGAGAGAAAGUACUUCAAGGGUUGAUUCCUCGAGGGACGGUCAUGGGCACCCUUCUGGGAGAGGUGCUGUGUUUAAGAUUUAGUCCGGAUGAUAGUGUGGUUGCAGUGUGUGCUGGAAAUAAGAUACUCGUGCUGGAUGUUGAGAGCUUGUCCAUACUAGCUGAGCUGGAGGGCCACCGGGGGCCUGUGACUGCAGCUGAGUUUUGUGCUUGGCAAGCACGAAUCAUCAUCUCAGUGUCUGGGGACAGAAGCUUUAAGGUUUGGGACCAUCAUCUGGGAUCAUUAAUAUACAGCUCGUCAGUGUUAACAGGUAACUCAACACUUUUACAUGUUUUCUCUGCUGGAAUCAGUGAUUCAGGGAGUGGUGUGAAUGACUGCACCAGGCUCUCUGCUUGGGCAGACGGGGUGGGAGCAUCGGAUCCGUCCUCACAGGCUGUAAUUGUAAUCGACACCUCCCAGUGCUUUUUAUGCGCCUCCCCACUCCUGAGUCUCUUCAUCGAUGAAGAAAGUCAGCAGCUGGUUACUGGGUGUGCUGAUGGCCAGCUUUGGAUCUUCAGUUUGGGUGAAAGACAUCAUUAUCGUUGUGUGACACAUGUUGACCUGAAGAAAAAGACAGAGAGUGUCUCCUCCAGGAAGGUCAAGUCCCAGCCCCAUAACCUGCCAGAAGAGAGUCAGCUUCCCUCCACGAAUGGACCGGAGAAAGGAGGAGAGACUGAAGUAGCGCUUCCUAUCCUGAGUCUGGCGCACUGUGACCUGUCGCUUGUUCUAAGUUCUGAACGUGGAUUUGUUUCUUCUGAGAACGCCAGCUGCUUGUGGAUCGGAAGCUCAGCUGGUUUAUUCAUAUUUAACGUGGCAAACUUUGAACUGGAAGCAGUUUUAUAUUACAAAGAUUUUAGGAACCUCAGCAUUCAAGUUGCCGGAUCAUGUGCAAUGGUGAGCAAAACUGGUCAUCAUGAGGCGUUCUGCUUACUCACGUCCAUGUUCGGAAGUGAGGUUGCCAUGUUGGAGAUCCACGUCGCCGCUCUGAUGAGGUCUUGCCGGCGCCCCGACUUGGGAGAGGAUCUCUCAGUGCUGCCUCGCUCUGGUGUCUUACCAACCUCUCCACUGUAUUUUGGAAUUGUUGAGGAAAAAAGUGGCAAGCCGGGUAGUCAAAAACAAUGUGCUGUACGGAGUGUCGUAAAGGACCAGCCCCUGAUUUUCCACAGUAGAGUCAGGUCAUCUGGGUACGCAGCCGCCCCGCAUGUAACCAUGUUUUUACCAAAAACUAAUAUCAAGAAUGAUGGUAAAAGAUCUUCAAGCUGCAAGAACAAUUACAAAUGUAAGGAAUACCCUUUCGAGAGCUCUCUGCCCAGCAGACUCAGCAAGCAGCUCGCUGUAGCCGGUGACACUGCGGCCGUGAGCUGUCUUCAGUUCUCAGAUGAUGGACGGCGGCUGGCCUGUGGCUUAGCCAACCACUUGUCACUGGUCUUUGAUGCCGAUCUUACCGGGACACCUGCUGUUUUUUCAGGUCACGACAGGGCAGUGAGCACCGUGUGCUGGAGCCACAACGGCAGGUGGCUGCUGUCCACUUCCCAGGACGGGACCCUGCGGGUCUGGUCGGUGCGCAGGACGGAACUCGCGUUGUGUCUGGGCAAAGGCAUGUUUUCUAAGCCCAUACAGUCUGCACAGUUUUACUACAUGGAUACCUUCAUACUGUUGUCGUCCGGCCCUGAGUGCCAGCUCCUCAAGUAUCAUGUUGACACCUGCAAAGAGGACCUGAGAAGGUAUAAACAGAAGAGCAGGUGCAAACCCGUGUUCAGCCUCCGUAUGACGGAUGCGGUGGAGAUGACCAGCUUAUCGGCAGUAAACGACUUCUACUCCUACAUUGUGCUGGCCGCCGGCCGAAACAGGACUUUGGAAGUUUUCGACCUCAACGUGGGCCGCAGUGCGGCCCUGAUAGCAGGAGUCCAUUCACGGCCUGUCCACCAAAUUUGUCAAAAUAAAGGAUCGUCAUUUACGACCCGGCAAUCUCAGGUUUAUAAUCUUUUCACAACCACAGCCGUUGGUGAUGGGAUAAGACUGUGGGACUUGAGAACCCUGAGGUGUGAGCGCCGUUUUGAAGGUCAUCCGAGCCGCUGUUAUCCCUGUGGAAUGGCUUUUAGCCCUUGUGGACGAUACGUGGCCUGCGGUGCUGAGGACAGACACGCAUAUGUGUAUGAAAUGGGCUCCAGCACUUUUUCUCAUAGGCUCGCGGGACACACGGACACAGUCACGGGAGUGGCCUUCAGCCCGUCUGCCCCGCAGCUCGCCACAGCCACCUUGGAUGGCAAACUUCAGCUGUUUCUAGCCGAAUAACCGCUGACCUGCGGGCGGUGCCCGGGCCGCUGGGAGGAGCCUAAGGACGGAGCCUGGGCCAGGGCGGACGGGGUUCAGGCGUCCUCUUUCCGCAUGCCGCUCCGCUGCGUCCACGUGCG